AUGCAUCUGGCUAUCUGCUGGGACCUGAAGCCACUGAAAGAGGAAGACGAGCCUCGCCCCUCGCCCCACAUAGAUGGGAGCAACGGCAGCGCCGCUCCAGCGGUGUUCGCCCUAGUGCAUCAGCCACCUCCUGACCACGGCACCAAGGAGGGCUGUGGAACCAAAGAGCACUGCGACACCAAGGAGGGCUGUGGAACACCAGAGGGUUGUGACACUCCACCAGAUAAGAGAGAAAAUGUCUUCACCGUAAUCCCCAAGAAUGCUUGGGUUGAGACCAAGGAGAAUAGCAGCCCCAAUGUGGGAAGUGCCCACAGGAAAAAUGGCAGAGCCAAAGCCGGAGCUCACACACCUGCAACACUAGGGCGUCUGAAGGAGCACAAGAGCUCCCCCAACCUCUUGAUGCCAAGCCACAAACCGGCCAAGCGCCUGCUGGGAGCACGCCCCUGUGUAGCCUGUGAGCUCAAGCAGCCAUCCCCACAGUACCGCCCCCGGUCUGAGUAUAAGAUGGCCUUCAAAGCAGGAAAACCCAACAAUAGCAUGAACAGCAUCGUCAACACUCGUCCACAGACAACCGCUGCCAAGCGGAUGCAUGUGCCCAAACCUCGCGUGCCCUUUGCCAAGAGGAGUUACUCUAUCGACACUUUGAUGCCUCCUUUCAGUCUGUGGCCUGGUCACACAGAGCAAUGCUAUCCAGAGCACUGGAGGCUUGCUUCUGUGUACCAGCAUGCCUACAAGCCGGUGGAAGCAAGGAGGAAGCCCCUUCUGGCCAGUGUCUACCAAUAA